UGCAUUGCCACUUAACUUUUCUGGGGCCACACACUAUACAGAUAGCUGCUUAUUGUCUCUUCUACUCGCUGGGAUAAGAACAACCAGUCUAGCUAGGGUUAAGUGCGCACAGCACUGCCAAUUCUAUCCUUAGGGGCCAGACAGUAAGCAGCCAUCUAUAUAGUCCCGGGGGAGGGGAGCAGUGAUACUAUGAAAUAUCACUUAACUCCUUACACUCCAUGGGACGGGCGCUUUGGGUAUAAUGACCUGAACUGACAGCUGGAUCAUCAGACUUGCGGUCAGUUCGGGACAUGUGACCAUAAUAUAGAGGAUCUGCCCCGACAAGUAUUCACCUCAUCAUCCGAGAGCAAGAAGAUAAAUCAUGUGCAGGAAUAUCCCCUCAAAUGUCUCCAUAUAACAUCCUGGAAUUGUAUAGAAUUAAAUGUUUAUUCACAAUACAGGUUCCUAUAAGGUGUCAGGACGUGGCGGUCUAUUUCUCCAUGGAGGAGUGGGAGUAUGUAGAAGGACACAAGGAUCAGUACAAGGAUCAGGUCAUGAUGGAGGAUCAGCAGCCCCUCACAUCACCAGUCAGAUCCAGUAAGAGAACAGCACCAGAGAGGUGUCCCCGUCCUCUUCUUCCACAGGAUGAUCAGGUAGAUGGAGAUAUUCCCUAUGAUCUGUAGAAGGGCUGUGAAGCUCUUGUGGUCAGUCCCCUCACCCUCCAUGACUCCUCAUCUCCUGCUCAUCUAU